CUUUUUUUCUUCUUCCUCGAAAUGCCUCGAGAGAACAGGAAACGGGGGAAGAGGAGCAAGAAGCAGACAGUGGAAUCACCUGUCCGGAAGGAAGAGCCCGACUCUAAUAAUCAAUACGCAGAAGCUGGUCCUUCCUGGAUCGUUUCUCGUCCCGAGGAAACUGAAGAGUUAAAUUCCGAAGCACCUUUCGGAUAUGUCGAUGCUGAUGUCAAGGCCUAUUUCCGAACUGUGGACACACAAAUAAGAAAUUGGCAGGAUGGAGAAGAUGAUGCUGUUGUAGAGGAGGACCAAAUGGAUCCCAAUUCAGAGAAACGGAUGUUCUUCAACGCAGCGCUGACAGAGAUGACCGGCAAGGAGAAGCAGCUAGCGACUGAUCCGGAUUGCUCUAUCGUGUUAGAAAGAAUGGCAUACUCAAUGAAUGAUUUUGUUCGAAGGGUCUUCCUCGAUAGUCUCUCUGGUUCGUAUGAGUUGCUCGUACAACACCGAUUUGCUUCGCAUGUUUGUCAAACACUUUUCUACGUGUCUUUCGACACGAUCUCGCGAGAGCUAAACGGAAUAUUUCCCUCCGUACCGGACUCCGAUAAGGGGGAGUUGAGAACUAUGGUCCAGCUGAUUCUGGACAUUUGCGAGGAACUCUUACCUUAUUUGAACUCACUGAUGAUGAAUCCGUUUGCUUCUCAUGUUGUUCGAGUCCUCCUGUCUCUUCUAUGCCCUGCCGCUUUUCCGACUUCCGAAUUUCAACCCAACUUACGCUCCAAAAAGAGCUCAGCGUGGAAAUCAAAGCAAGGUCACCUAUCUUCGCUAUUCUCGGAUAGUAAAGGCAAAGGUAAUGAAGUUCGUCUGAUCAAAGUCCCCCCGGAGUUUGAUGCCAUGGCUCGGAGAUUCGUGACAACAACCAGGGCAGAACUUGGUUCUAACGAAGUUCGUGCCUUAGCUGCUAGCGAUGUUGCGGGGCCGUGUUUGACCAUGCUACUCCAUAUUGAGACACUGUACCAAAUGGCCGACGAGGAAAACUCGCUAAUGGACAGGAUGACUGUCGGGGCCAUCUCUGAAUCACUCAAAGAGAAUCCGAAAGAUAUACAGCCCUCUGACUACUUAGGGACGUUAUUCCGAGAUCCUACCUCAUCGCAUGUGUUGGAAACCAUCAUGACCCGAGUCUCAGACAAGCCUUUUUCUCUGUUGUGGAAUGCAUACCUGAAAGGAAAACUGCCUCGACUUUCUGUUCAUCCUGUCGCGAAUUAUGUUGUGGCAAAAUCUCUGGAGCGGUGUAAUUCUUCUCAACUUGAAGAGGUAUAUCAAGAACUUGAAGGCAGUUGGGAAAAGUUCAUCACGUCCUCCAGAACCUCAGUGUUGCGUGCUGCGAUCCAACGGUCGGCAACCCUUUGUACACUAGAAGAAAACGCUGUUCAUGCAUUAUCCAAAGCCUUUGGUUUGUUGACUCUCGACCAGAUGAAAGUUCUGGUUCCUUGUGCUUUGCAUUUGAAACCAAUCCAAGACUAUCAAUUGCUGCACAAAAAUGAUAACGGACGACCAAAACAAACAGAAAAGGAGGACUCCAGUAGCUCACGUGAAGCAACCGUCCAGGGAUCUCUCUUACUCCAAACCGUUUUGAAGUUAUCUGAACCGUAUAAUCAAUGUGUUAUAGACAGUUUCAACGCACUCGAGAUCUCAGAACGACUCAAGAUCUCACACGAUGCUUCGGGUUCACGCAUAAUCGAUGCUCUUCUGGACUCACCUACCAUCUCUCAAAAAUCAAAACGUACUUUCGUCAUGUCCUUCAUAGGACAUUACCACGAAUUAGUGGACGACAGAAUUGGAAGUCGCGUCGGUGACAAGUGUUUUGCGUUCGCUGAUACCUACUUGAAGGAAAAAAUUGCACGAUCCGUCUUACCUCACGAACAAGCUCUGAUCGGGUCCUUCUAUGGCAAGUUUUUCAGUCGGAAUCUCAACUUGUACCUUCUUCGCAGACGGCCCGAUGAAUGGAGGAGUAUGCAGUCCAGCUCAAAGCUAGGAUCCGGAGGGGGACAAAACAAAAAGAAAGGUGAAGGUGAAGUUGCAGACGCCAUUGAGGAUCAGGAGAUGGCUGUGGUGGAACCCCAGGAAAAGUUCCAACCAGAGAAGAAUAAAAAGCGUAAACGGCGAGACAAGGUGGAUGCACAGGGAGAUGAAAUCGACCAAGUUUUCUCUCUUGCACCUGUCAAGUUCAAGGGACCUGGUCUCGCCAUCGCCCACAACAACAAAGGUGAUCAUCUGCAAGAAGAGAAGCUGAAAAUGUUGGAUGCGGAUCCGAGUCUCAGAGAAGUGUUUAACGCUAUUAAAUCUGCUCCAAAGAGUGAUGGGAAAGAUAGGCUUAAAAAGCGGAAAAAAUUACCUGUGUAA